AAUUCAGUGGGGGUCAGGCAGGCUCGUACAGCAGUGGCAAGCAGCAAGGUACAGAGAAACUGAGAGAGCAGCAGGAACCUGACAGCUGUGACACCUGAACAAAGAGGACAUUAGCACUUUAGUGCACUUCACUGUUAGUCUGAUACUUUGCAUAAAGUAACAGAUGGAAACAGCUUUAUCUGUAAGAUCAUACUGAAGAUGCAGAGAGUCACAGAAAAGGAAAACCAGCUCUUAUUCCUUACAGGUCACCACUGACUGCCGUGUCUUCCUUCAGGAUUCCCUUUUUGCAGUUGGCUGUAACUUGUUUUGGUGCUGUAGUUCAUGGUUUGAUACCAUCUCCCGGAGUUCUGAAGCUUUUUUUUAAGAGGGGCGUAUAUUACCCCUUGUGCACUUGAUCCCACUUCUGCUGCUUUUACGGAGUAGAAUUUGCCAUCUUUCACACCUGGAAUUUUGAUGUCUUGUGUCUUUCGAGGGGAAACUACUUUUUAUACACCUGACUGCAACAUUGCAUCAGCAGCUGAGGACCUGUUUUCUAUUAACCAGGAACUUUAGUGUGCCCUGCCGUUAGUGGUAGAUGGCUUUGUGUGCUUUGGAAUAGCAAAACUUUCAACGCAGUUUAACAUCUGUCAUCUGGGAGUUUAUACCUACUGUUGUUUCUCUGAUUAUCUUUGAGCACUUGACGUCACCUUUACGUGCUUGCCUUUGUGGUCCCCAAUGGCACUGUCCGGAAUACAUCUGCUUGCAUUCUGUUACUUUAGCUGCUGGUUAGGUAUCUUCAGUUACAGUCAGGCACAAGAGUCCACAGGGAGGACAAGAGGAGACCAACCACAGGGAUACCAGCAGCUGAAGAACCAGUUGGACCCCUUGUUAUUGGAGGAUGAAUCUGACAAGAACCAUUUGGACCCCUUGUUAUUGGAGGAUGAAUCUGAGAACCAGGAGAACGUGCUUUCACAGUUGCUGAGUGACUAUGACAAGGUGAAGGCCAUUUCGGAAGGUGCUGACUGCCGUUGCAAGUGUCUGGUCAGACCCCUGGGCCGAGAUGCAUGUCGAAGAAUCAAUGAAGGUACAGCAAACCUGGAAGAUGUUUACACAGUAGAGACCAUCAACUCUGGACCUGACUGCAAGUGUUCGUGUGUGGCUCCUCCCUCGGCAGUGAACCCAUGUGAGGGUGAUUACAGACUGCAGCAGCUACGUGAAGCAGAGAGAAAUGGCUACAAGCUUUCCUCAGUUGUGGACCUGCUUGAGGGCUCCCUUUAUGGUUUAGAUCUCCUGAAGUUACACUCUGUCACCACCAAAAUUCUCAAUCGGGUAGAGAAACUGGAAAAGCAAAAAGAAGUCCACAUUUCGGUACGUGAUAUAAUUGAAGGAGUUAAUGCUGAGAAUGUCACAGAACUAAAAAAGGAAACAAAAGUAAUUCCUCCAACAACCACCGAGCAACCUCAGACACAAAAGCUGAACACAGACAAGACUCCCAACAGUGAAGCGAAAACUGUUCCCGACCUCGGUGCUGUAUUACAGGGAGACGCAGCUGCUGCGGCCUAUGGCCACAAUGUGGCAAAAUAUGAAGAACAACUUAUUGGAGAGAAAGUUCCCUCUGUAGAGGCAAAGACAAGCACACAGCUGAAACAAUAUUCAUACUACACUUUGCAUCAGAAGCCUGUGAUUAUAAUACAGGACAAGAAGCCACUGCCAAGGUCAGCUGUUAUCCGUGGGAUCACCUACUACAAUGCAAGAGAAGAGGACUUGGGCGACAUUGAGGAGCACCAAGAUGAGUUUGCCAGUGGUGAGACUGGUAUUGAUUUGCUGGUUGAAGACAACUUAAUUCGGCACCAGGAGCAUGAGGUCCACAGCACCAAAACUCCAGCACCUGUACCUGAGCCAGCAGUAACUUCUCUCCAUGCACAAGUGUCUCAAACAACAGCUGUCUCCUUGGAACAUGUAACCACCAAUCCGGCAACACCAAAUACUACCCAAGUUGGACCAUCUUUUAGCUCAGCAAUACCAGCUGAAAGCCCUAUAAUGCCAACCAGUACUCCUACAGAGAUUGUGUCUACAGGUACAAGCACACCCAUCAGUGCUACUCAUCCUGAAACAACACCCCCUGGGGAGACUACAGAUGCACCGGCCACCACUACAUAUUCAUUAACAACCCCUCCUGCAACAACUGUGUUUCCAUCAGCCAAUGUAGCUGCACCAUUUGUCAGUACUCACUCUAUGACAACUGCCAGAACCAGCUCCACCAGGGCCAGCACUGCAAGGACCAGCACUGCUAGACCCAGUACUGUAAGAACCAGCACAGUCAGAAGCACCACCACCAAAAUAAGAACCACUAAGAACAGCACUGCCAAGACCAGCAAAGCCAGCACUACCACCCACCCAGUCCCUGCUGCCGCACCAGUCACCACACCAAGCACAACUGUCCACAUGCAGACGCCCACGUCACUUUUGCAGCCCUUAAAAUCUGUUUCAUCAACCUCAAGCAGCACAUUAUCUCCAACCACAACCACAGAGACUGAGAAGACACCUGCCCCGGAGAAUGCUGUCGAGUUCACUGAGUUUGACAUCAACAAAAGCAUCGGUGCUUGCAAGGAUACAUUGUCAACCAUCUCAGGCCCUAUGGUGCACAACACGUAUGGCAGGAGUGAAGGUGCCUGGAUGAAAGACCCCAAGUCAAAAGAAGAUAAAAUCUAUGUUACCAACUACUAUUAUGGAAACUCACUGGUAGAGUUUCGAAAUAUGGAAAGCUUUCAACAAGGUCGCUGGAGCAAUUCCUACAAGCUUCCAUACAGCUGGAUUGGAACCGGUCAUGUCGUGUACAAUGGAGCUUUUUACUACAAUAGGGCUUUUACCCGCAAUAUUAUCAAGUAUGACCUGAAGAUGAGGUUUGUGGCAGCCUGGGCCAUGCUGCAUGAUGCCAUCUAUGAGGAGGCCACACCAUGGAGGUGGAGAGGCCACUCUGAUAUUGACUUUGCAGUUGAUGAGAAUGGACUGUGGGUAAUCUAUCCAGCCAUUGAUGAAGUCUUCUCCAACCAGGAAAUUAUUGUUCUAAGCAAGCUCAAUGCAGCAGACCUAUCCAUGCACAAAGAGACCACAUGGCGAACAGGGCUGAGGAAGAAUUUGUAUGGUAACUGCUUUGUUAUAUGUGGGGUUUUGUAUGCUGUGGACAGCUAUGACCACAGAAAUGCCAACAUUUCUUAUGCAUUUGAUACUCAUACAAAUACACAACUGAUUCCCAGACUCCAGUUCAUCAAUGAAUACUCCUAUACCACGCAGAUCGACUAUAACCCAAGGGACCGCAGUCUAUACACUUGGGACAAUGGACGGCAGGUUACUUACCAGGUCAUUUUUGCAUACUGAUGUGGGCAUGAGGCCAUUUCCAAAGUAACAUUGGUGCAUUUCCUUUAUAUACCUAACAGACUUAUGAUUUUAUACACUGUGGAUUGUGGAUCAGUCCAUCAGCUAUAUUUUUUUUUAAUAAUGGAAGUCCUGCAAUCUGCUUGCAUUUUAUAGUAUGACACAUUUUAUUGCCCUUCCCUAAAUCUGGUAUUGAACCUUCAGCUGUAACAGGAGUAUAAUAUUUCUUGUAAGGUAUAUGUAUACGUAGUGUAGGCAAAUAUGUGGAGUCUCACCCAAUUGUAUUGCACAUUUUCAGGAGCCUUUUUCAAAGUCACUGAGUGAUCUAUCCCCAGAAAUGGAAUGCCACAUUUAUGAAGAAAACUCAAGGUUGAAGAAAGAACUUGGGAAGCACGUUGCAUAAACACUUACAGAGCUUUGCAAAAUGUUAAAUAAAAAUAUCUGAUUAUGAGUAUACAUUGAAUGAUCUAAUGUAAAAAUAAUCCUAGCAUAGGUGAUCUAAAAAAGCUAAUGCAAGAUUCACCCUGCACACUCAGUUAAAACAUACUCGCAUAUACAGGCACUCCAUACAACCACUCAAGUCCUUUCACCUAUACACACACAUGCACACACACUCACACAAACAGCAUUCACACACAUACACACACACA